AUGUCGCAGUCGACUGCACACCGCCGGCUCCUCCAGGAGUAUCGGGCGUUGACGAACAAUCCGCCUGAGGGCAUCACCGCCGGUCCCGUCUCCGAAGAUGAUCUGCUACACUGGGAGGCGCUGAUCCAGGGCCCCGAGGGCACCCCGUUCGAGGGCGGCGUUUUCCCUGCCGAGUUACGCUUCCCCAAAGACUACCCGCUCGCUCCACCAACAAUGAAGUUUCUGGGGGAGAUUUGGCAUCCCAAUGUGUACCCCAGUGGCCUGGUCUGCAUCUCUAUUCUACAUCCACCCGGCGACGACCCGAACCACUACGAGCACGCAUCCGAGCGUUGGUCGCCGAUUCAGUCAGUGGAGAAGAUCUUGAUCUCGGUGAUGAGUAUGCUUGCGGAGCCGAACGACGAAAGUCCUGCGAAUGUCGAAGCGGCGAAGAUGUGGCGCGAGCGGAGGGGCGAGUACGAGCAGAAGGUCCGAGAUGGCGUCAGGCAUAUGUUGGGACUCUAG